UUUCCUUUUGGGAACCGACUCCUGCUCCUCUCCAGAUGUUCCCCAGCCGGAGCUUUGUCAAAAGCAGCUGCUUUCAGUGUUGGAGUCUCCAGCCAUGCCUCUGCCACACCUCCUCACCUUCCAGUUCCUGCUCCGGCACUUUUCCAAGGUGGCCGAACAAGCCGAAAGCAAUGGGUUGUCACCUCGGACCCUGAGUGAGAUCUUUGGGGUUCUGCUCCUUCGGCUCCCUGCAGCUGCCAGCUCUGAGACGGCGCCUGAUUUUCCAAACCUCUUCCUGGAGACUCUUCUGCAGGCAAAGGACACUGAGCCAGACCUUCCCCCUCCAGCUUUGCCUCCGAAGCCACCCAAAGCCAAACCUGCAGCGGUUUCUCUAACCAACGGGAACGGCACAACCCUGCAGGAUGCGGAGUGGUACUGGGGAGACAUCUCCAGGGAGGAAGUGAAUGAAAAACUCCGAGACACUCCUGAUGGUACCUUCCUGGUGAGGGAUGCUUCCAGCAAGAUCCAGGGUGAAUAUACAUUGACCCUCCGGAAAGGGGGAAACAACAAACUGAUCAAGAUUUUCCACCGGGAAGGCAAAUAUGGCUUCUCAGAGCCACUGACCUUUGGCUCUGUGGUGGAACUCAUCAACCACUACCGGCACGAGUCCCUGGCCCAGUACAACGCCAAGCUGGACACUCGGUUACUGUACCCCAUCUCCAAGUACCAGCAGGACCAGGUGGUGAAGGAGGACAGCGUGGAGGCAGUUGGGGAGCAGCUGAAAGUCUAUCACCAACAGUACCAGGACAAGAGCCGCGAGUACGACCUCCUGUACGAGGAAUACACACGCACCUCGCAGGAAUUGCAAAUGAAACGGACGGCCAUUGAGGCCUUCAACGAAACCAUCAAGAUCUUUGAAGAGCAGUGCCAGACGCAGGAGAAAUGCAGCCGGGAUUACGUGGAGCGUUUCCGGAGGGAAGGGAAUGAGAAGGAGGUGCAGCGGAUCAUGAUGAAUUCAGAAAAGCUGAAGUCUCGCAUUACUGAAAUUCAUGACAGCAAGAUGAAGCUGGAGCAGGACCUCAAGCAGCAGGCCUCCGAAAACCGGGAGAUCGACAAGCGCAUGAACAGUCUUAAACCUGACUUGUUGCAGCUGCGCAAACUCCGUGACCAGUACCUAGUAUGGUUGACCCAGAAGGGGACUCGUCAGAAGAAGAUCAAUGAAUGGCUUGGUAUCAAGAGUGAAACUGAGGAGUAAGUGGCUCCA